AUGGAGCAGUCCCAAAGACGACGUGCAGGAUGCACCGAGUGCAAGAGGAAGAAGGCCAAGUGUGAUGAGAAGAGGCCGUCAUGUUCACGAUGCUACAAAUACCCUCACUUAUGCUCAUAUGAGUUAAGCGUCAAGAGCUUCAGAGUGGCGAAACGGAAGCCAGCUAAUAAUGCCCAGGUCACGACACAGCCACCUCCAACGGUCGAGACACCCAGCGAUUUGUCACCAAGUUCAGUCGUCACUUCCAACCAACUCAUUUCUUAUCCCGAUAUAUCCGACACAUUUGAGAGCAGCUUUCUUUCAUCAUCAAUGCUAGAUGAUUCUUCUGAAUUUCUGUUUUCCUUUCCACCAAUAAGCCCACCAAAGCUCAGUAUCUCCAUCUCUCUACCGUCCAGCCCUCCACUCCGGUCUGAUCCUCGGCGGAUCUACUUCCAGCACUUUGUAGCACACACAGCGAUAGUAUACUGGCCGCUACAACCGGACAUGGCUCUAAGCUUGAUUCUACCAGCCGCUGAUCUCAGCCCCUGUAUCAUGGGGGCAAUGAUCGCCGCCAGCAGCAGCCAACUCUUCAGAAUGGCACGGAACCCAGAAUCAAAGAAUGCAGCAAUAUCGGCGACUGUGGAGUGUCUGGGAAACCUCCGUGAAGCAAUUACUACACCGGGGUUUGGCGACCUUGGGGUGACAAUACUGCCGACGACGUUGAUGCUGGCCACGACAUGUGUUUGCGCCGGGGAUACCACGACCUUUCGGAAGCAUCUCAACGGGGCUCUGCAUAUUGUUCAGCGGGACAAAUCGAAGUAUAGUCUGGAUCCUUUAUGGUGGAUGAGUCUCAAGUGGCUCGUCCACCUCCUGUUGAUGAACAGACUUUCGGGCCUGCCCUUACCAUCACGGCAGACGAAAGGGUUCAUCGACUGGGACUACCUUUUGACUUGUCUGCCUGACUUAGGUCGCAUUGAUCUCACUUCCGGCUUCUCUCGAGAGCUGGUGACUGCUCUCAAUAUGGUCUGCGAACUAUCUGAGCCACUUUGCAUGGAUGUCGUUGCAAAUGGCCACUUAUAUGGAAAUGAUAUAGCACGUCGCGCAUAUUCUCACGAACUUGAACUUCGAUUGAUGGAGCUUCGGAAAAAGACCGCUUUAACAGUAACAGACGUGGUGCUUCGGACAGAAUUAGAAAUCACUCACAGACUAUUCACUGAUUCAACACUACUAUGCCUAUACAGAAGGGUUGACGAACUACCCAGAGACAAUCCCAAAGUCCAAACAACAGUCAACUCGAUCAUCAGCUCAUUACAGAAUAUUGACAAACAGUCUCCUGUUCACGCCCAACUUCUGUGGCCACUUCUUGCAGCAGGCUGCGACUCCAUAACCUAUGCCGAACGCACCAUCGUUGUAGAAACGAUGGAGAGUAUGACUGCACGUGGAAUGGGCAGCUAUGAAAACGUCCUCGAGUUCAUGAGGGAUUAUUGGAAAAAUGGCGGCGAUAUGAGAUGGGACUUAUUCGCCAAGCAAACAGGAAAAGACCUCGUACUAUUCUGA